AUGUCACUUACCAAAGAAAAUGAUUCAACAACUCCUGAAGAUGAACAGCGUUUAGUCAACAUUAAAAAUAAACCAGAUCUUUCACAAAUGUAUAAUUUAUAUGAUUUUGAAUAUGUUGCAAGAAAUACUAUACCUAGUACUGCUUGGAAUUUUUAUAGUACAGGUGCUGAUGAUGAAAUAACAUUAAGAGAAAAUCAUGCAAGUUAUCAUCGUUUAUUUUUUAAACCUAGAGUUAUGCGUGAUGUUUCAAAAAUUGAAACUUGGACAACUUUAUUAGGUAAAAGAACUUCAGCUCCAUUUUAUAUUAGUGCAACUGGGUUUGGAAAGUUAGGUCAUCCAGAUGGUGAAUUGAAUUUAACAAGAGCUGCCGGUAAAGAAGAUGUUGUUCAAAUGGUUGGUACUUUAGCAAGUAUUCCAUUCGAUGAUUUAGCAGAUGCUCGAAUUGAUGGACAAACUCAAUGGUAUCAAUUAUAUGUUAAUUCAGAUAGGGAAUUAACUAAAAGAACGAUUGAAAAUGUUGAGAAAAGAGGAUGUAAAGGUAUAUUCAUUACAGUUGAUGCACCACAAGCAGGUAAUCGUGAAAAAGAUAUGAGAUCAAAAACUAUUGAUCAAGAUGUUAAAGUUGCAGGUGGAGAACAUAAUGAUCGUUCACAUGGUGUGUCAGUAGCAGUUACUUCAUAUAUUGAUCCAACUUUAAAUUGGGAGGAUUUAGUUUGGAUUAAAACAAUUACAAAAUUACCAAUUUUAUUGAAAGGUAUACAAACAGCAGAAGAUGCAGUCUUAGCAGCACAAUAUGGAUGUCAUGGUAUUGUUUUAACAAAUCAUGGUGGUAGACAAUUAGAUUUUUCAAGAGCUCCACUUGAAGUUUUAAUGGAAGUCAUGCCAGCAUUAAAAGAAAAAAAUUUAGAUAAAAAUUUUGAAGUUUUUAUUGAUGGUGGUGUAAGAAGAGGUACUGAUAUUUUAAAAGCACUUUGUCUUGGUGCAAAAGGUGUUGGAAUUGGUAGACCAUUUUUAUAUGCUAUGUCAACUUAUGGAGUUGAAGGGGUUCAAAAAGCCAUUCAACUUUUAAAAAGUGAAUUAGUAUCAAGUAUGAGAUUAUUAGGAGUUACUUCAAUAGAUCAAUUAGGUCCACAAUAUAUUGAUCAUAAUUCAUUUUUCAGUAGAUCUGUUCCAGCUGAUAAAUUAUUUGAUAAAGUUUAUCAACCAUUGGCUAAUCCUCCAUUUAAAUCAGAAGCUAGAUUAUAA